GGCGUCCCGAGCGCGCCACACGCGCCGGAACCAGGGAGCGGAGAGCGUACUCGCGCGCCUUUUUUCUCCUUCGCUCCCCCGCCGGCCGCACUCCCCGUGCCGCUGCUGCCUGCCGUUUCGGGAGAAAAGGAACGCCGCCGCGGGAAGAGAGGCGAAACCGAAGCGGUGGCUGUGCGGCUUCGGGCGCGCGCGCGCUCUCCGACACACCCGCCGGGCUGUCCACAACGCGUGGGGCCCGCUCGGAGACGUCAGCUUCCGUGGCAGCGGAAAGAGUAAAAAGAAAACAAGCAGAGUGCUGUUUGUGCGCGUAAUGAUUGGGUCGGACUGCUGCGUCGGGACUGCCCGUCGGCGCGUGCCCACGUUGGGGGGAUUUCUCUGCUGCUGGCUGCUGUGGAUAACCGCCCUCGUCGAAGGCAUAUCGUGUCUCCGGCUACUGGAGAUGUCUGCGCCGUCCGCGGCGAUCCAUGGCCGCGGCAUGUGGCUCAACUGCAGCUUCGACCUCGAGUCCGACGAGCUGUACUCGGUCAAGUGGUACAAGAACGACACCGAGUUCUACCGGUACAUCCCCCGGGACAGACCGCCCGCGCAGAACUACGACCUGCCGGGCGUGGUGGUCGACAUGUCCCGGUCUCGUGAGGGUCACGUGUUCAUCUCAUCAGUGAACUUGUCCACCGAGGGGAACUACCGCUGCGAGGCAUCGGCUGAGGCGCCUUCCUUCCAGACUGUAGUCCAAGAGAAGGAAAUCAAGGUCUUCGUGAUCCCCGAGCGUCCACCCACCAUACGAGGUACGCGAGCCAAAUACGGCGUCGGGGAGCGUGUUGAUGUCUCUUGCAGAGCUCCGUACUCACUUCCGACCGCUAAGCUCGUCUGGCUCGUCAAUGACCAAGAGGUGCCGUUCACAGACGUGCGCGAGCUGGAGACCCUGUACGACUCGGAGGGGCUGCAGAGUUCGGGCGCAGCGCUCUCGUUCACACUGCGACCGCACCACAUGGCGGGAAGCUGGCUGCGACUGAAGUGUGUGAGCGUCAUCUCUGAAGUGUACCUCACGUCCAGCGAAGAGCUCAUUGUCGGUGACACGGUGCCAUCCAUACCGUACCCAGAAACGAGCCCUGACAGCCCAGUUAUCGAAGGCGGCCAGCAUAAGUACCGGAUCAACGACCUCGUGAAUUUGACCUGCAGGUCUGCAGAGUACGACACACCGCCGGAGCUCACGUGGUUCAUAAACGACAAAGAGGCCCGUCCCGAGUACCUGGUGAGGUACGAGCUGCAGCGAUACCCGAGGUAUGCUGCGUCACUGGGUUUACGCUUCAGAGUUCGACCAGAGCACUUCGAGGAUGAACGCAUGCACCUGCGCUGCACGGUCACCUUAUCGCACGUCCUGAAUACCAGCAGCGCAGAAGCCAGCAUCAAGAACAAGCACCGAACCAUGUCGGGACUCAGGGCACCCACGGACGAUGCGUCCAACGAAGGGAUGUCCGUGCUGGCUCCCUUCCUGUCCAGCCUACUCAUCUGCUUCGCUCUCCUGGAGCUAUGAUUGACAUCGCUGCGAUGGCUGGAUUCGAGAUGUACAAGCAGCAACUCGCCGCGUGCCUAUGGCCCUGGUUCUUCUUCUGCUGAGACCUUGCGCGUUCCCCUACGACCACGAAGCCGUGUCAUGCCUCUCCAUUCGUGCCAACUAGAUUGAGACGCAGCCCGCAAGGGUGUGCCGUCUCUCAUGAGAAAAUGCUACAAUACGCAACCGAGCGCUGGCAGCGUAAGUUUCUCGUGCUAGAGGUCACGCCAGGUUUGGAAGUCAGUGACAUAAUACCAGCCUCAUAUCUUUCUUUGUCCGAUUCUUGCCGCUCAAAGACUGAGAAGAAUUUAGGCUAUCGUUGCGAGUAACGCAACACAUUGGGCAAAUGGUCCGGUCUAUAAUAGAACACUACGUUUAAGACAUUGCUAGACUGUCGUAGAAGCAGCGUUAAAAGAUUUAAUACUAUGGUAGUACAAAAAGUCGUGAAUUAUCUGAACAGAGCUGUCAGAGUUGGAUGCUUUACGAUUUCUUCCCGAUUAUAAGCAAAUAUAAGACGUACAUUAUAGGUGGUUAAAAAUGUGCGCGCACAUAAUAUUCACCUCUGAAUCACAACACUUCAUCGUAAAACUUAGGUCUCGAAAAUUCGCAAUUAGAGGAGAUAACAGCUUGCAAUACAGUUGCUAUGAAAUAAAAUGCAGUACUUCAGUGGCCCCAAAACUCAUAGGUGAAACAUCAACGUUUUCCUCUUCGCGGACAUUCAUUCAGGGCAAUAACAUGUUCAACACAUAGCUGCACUAAUAUCGCAUGGCUUAAUGCAAUUGAAAACCACAAUUAACCAACCCCGCUGAUAGGCUUUGGCGUUUACAUUGUGUUCACAUGACAGAUGGAAGCUAACGUUUCGAGCUCUGGGUAUUUCUGAGGGCAAGGAGAGCCACUUCCUGCGGUUCUGGUCAUCCAUCACUUACAGUUUAAACUCCAAUGCGUGAUGCCACGAAUGAAUGACUUAUUGACAUUCUGUAGCUUUCGAAAGUUAGGAUGAUGAAUAUUCUGUAACAUAAAAAACAAGUUUACUCAGUUGUAUGUUCAACCAUUUCGAGCCCGCGGCGUCACCGGGGCCACGUGUUUUACUGUUUCACAUAACGGGCCAAAAGAGUGCGGUGUGACCCAAUCAGCUCGCUCAUUCAGGAGGAAGCCUUACCUCAGGCCGAGGCUCAAUGUUUAAGUCUGAAUACAUUGGCAAUGCAAAAGUGCAUUCCCUGCGCCUGAGUUUUGUGAAUCAUUUCGGUUUCAUUUUGUUGAAAAUACAGUUUAGGGAUUUAUAGAAAUGUCAUGCUAUCGUGGGUUCAAGACUUUUCAGACAUCUUCGGUCAAUUGGUAACAUGUUUAUUCAAACGUCACGUCAGAAAUAAUUACCUAGACAGGAAGGACAGGUGUGGAAUGUCUAUUCGUUGCGUCUGCUGAAGCCUCCAAACUGGUCCAAAUUCACGUCGUCACAAUUGCAGCAGAGUCAGAAUUGUCACGCUCGUCGCGUAAAAUUUGAAAGAAAGUUUUGGCGAACAACCGCUACAAAAUCCUAGGUAAAAAUAAAAAUUUCUGACUAGUUGUAUGGUUAAACUAUGUGACAGGUAGGAAGACAGACUACACUAAAUAAAUACCUGUCUUUACAAGGGGAAAAUACCUUCUGUUGCAUUUUGCACAGGGUUAAAGAAACACGUUUCAGUCCCUAUACUUUCUGCCAUUUCCGGGGAACCACUUCUACAUCCUCAUGUAUUUAGAGAGCAGUGCUGAAGGAGAGGCUUCUUCUUACACCAUGUCAGUGUUGACAUGCUGUCUUUAGGCUGUCCGUCUCACAAUGACUUUGUCUCUCUCCAUCUAUUCGUUCACGAUAACGCUGAGGCGGUCCCGCUACCAGCCUGCUAUGCAAGGCUAGUUCCACCUGAAUACUGUAACGCUCACCGUAAAAGGCGUGUAUGCCGAGCCGCUGCUUAGAGUGUCAUGCUGUGUGUGCGCUUUUGAAGUGUUUUCAAAUCAUCAGGAGCCAUAAACCAUUGUAUGACAAAAGCGCAAGUAAAUACAUACGAAGCUAGAUGCUGUGUACUCUGUGUUUGCUGCUUGCUUUUUUUUUCUUGUUUCUCUCGGGAUCUUGUGCCAACUGCACGAAAUUUCCAUUCAAUUUUAUCACUUGGCCCGACACGAGCAGAUAAUUGAUUCGGGGAGACGCGAUGAGGUAGCGGAAACUAUUGACGUUGCUAAGGAUGUACGGAGAGAAUGUGUUAGCGUGUGUGAUUAUGUAAAUAUGUUAUGAAAAUACCAGAGCUGUGCUUGUCAUAAAUAUCGCACCAUUUUGUCGUUUCUAUAUUUGAAAAAUAAACGCUAAAAGUGAAAACCUAUUGACGAUUGUUGCGCGGCGACAUUACCAAGUAUUACAUAGCGAGUUAUUUUUGUCGAGAAACUACGUUCUUUUUUAUUCCUUUUGAAAGACCUGUACUUUCCCCCACUCAGGCGAAAGCGUUUUCAUUGCAAUUGAUUGAACUUGUAAAUUUAGAAAGACUGCACGCUAAAUUACAGCUUCGAGAGUGGAACUUUGUUUGUGUGUCUUAUCGUUCACGUUUGGAUGCUGUGUGGGUGCCUGUACAAGUGUAAAAAUGCGUCACUACGUCUGAACAAUAAACAAAUAAGCUGUUAUGUUUCUCCAGUGUC